CCAUUCAUGUCUUGGGUCUCGCUUUUGUUCCUCUGCGAAAUGAUCAUCUGCUACGAGCGAAAGAAAACCUUGUGUUUGUAAGUGCCCGUUUUGGAUUCCCUAAUUUCUUUUAUUUAUAUUAAUUGUUUCCUUUGAUAGUCCUGCAAUUCUGCUAUUCACAGUCUAUAAUCUGUUUACGGAAGCCUUUUGUUAUCACUUUCUAUGGCUUCCACUUCUUCCGCCCCUCGUCAGGUGACUGCUCCUGAGUAUAAGGAUGAUGUUUUCAUUAGUUUUAGAGGCAACAUCCGAAACAAAUUCGUAGAUCAUCUUUAUACUGCCUUGACAAGAAAAGAAUCCGUACCUUCAUGGGUAGAUAUCUUGACAGAGUAGUCGAGAUGUCACCAACCCUUUUGGAAAUUAUUGAACAAUCAAGAAUUUUAGUGCCCAUUUUCUCGGAAUACUAUGCUGAUUCUUCAUCGUGUUUGGAAGAGCUUGCAAAGAUAUCGGAAUGCUAUCAAGCGAGGAGACAGAUAGUUUUACCGGUUUUUUACGAAGUGGAUCCAACAGACGUUCGAGAGCAGAGAGGGAGCUGUAGAGUAGCUUUUGAUAAGCAUAGAGAAAAAUUCAGGAACUACUUAGCCAUGGUUGAGGGCUGGAGCAAAGCUUUAACGGAAAUAGCCCAGAUUGGAGCGUGGGAUUCGCGGAAUAGAUCUGAAGCCGAAUUAGUUGAUGAAUUGUGAAUGACAUUUGGAAGAAAUUAAAUGAUUUGCAUCCAAGUGAUUCUCAUGACAAUGGAUUUAUUGGAAUUGAUUCAAAAGUUAAGGAAAUUGUGUCGUUGUUAGGUAAAGAAUCAUCCAAUGUGAUAGGCAUUUGGGGAAUGGUUGGUAUUGGUAAAACAACUCUUGUUGACGAAGUAUUUUGUCACAUCUCUGCUGAAUUUGAUGGUCGAUGUUUUGUUCCAAUGUUGGCAAAAGAUUAGAAACUUGUCAGCCAUUCUAUUUACGAGAUGAAAUUAUUUGUAAUAUAUUGGGGGAAGAAAAGUUAAAUGUAGGUACACCCUACUCGAUAAACUCUUCUAUUAGGAGAAGGCUUCAGAGGAAAAAAAGUGCUUAUUGUGCUUGAUGACAUAAGAAGUUCAGAGCAAUCAGAUUAUUUUGUAAGAGGGUGUAAUCUUCUUGGUCCAGGAAGUCAAAUCAUUGUAACAAGCAGGGAUAGACAAGUGCUUAAGAAUGGUUGUACUGAGGGAUGCAUAUGUGAGGUCAAGAAGUUGACUGAUUGUGAAGCUCUCAAGCUCUUUAGCCUGCAUGCCUUCAAGCAAAUUCAUCCUAUGAAAGGGUAAUUGGAGCUAUCAAAAAUGGUGGUAAGCUAUGCUCAAGGACUUCCAUUAGCUCUUAGAGUUUUAGGUUCCCAUCUAUUUGGAAAGAAAACAGAAGUAUGGGAAAGUGCAUUGGGAGAACUACAAAAUACUGGUAACAAUGAAAUUCAGAAAGUUUUAAGGAUAAGUUAUGAUGGUCUAGAUGAAACCAAAAAGAAAAUCUUUCUUCACAUUGCAUGUUUUUUCACUGGUGAAGAUAGCAAUUAUGUAGAUGAUGUGUUGGAUGCUUGUGGGUUUUUUACAAAAGCUGGAAUAGAUAGUCUCAUGAUAAAUCUAUCAUAAAUGUUGAGGAUGGCAGGUUAGAGAUGCAUGAUUUGAUGGAGCAAAUGGGUAAAAAUAUUGUUUGUCAGGAAAGUCAACUCCUUGAAGAACGCACUAGAUUGUGGAAUCAUGAAGAUAUAUGUCAUGUGUUGAAAAAUAAUUUGGGGACCCCAAAAAUUAAAGGCAUUUCACUAGAUAUGUCCAGAAUUAAAGAUUUGGAAUUAAGUUCUGCGACCUUUGCAAGGAUGCAUAAUCUUCAACUUCUUAAAUUUUAUAAUCAUUGGACAGAAAAAAGCAUAAUAGACAUUCCUGAGGGCCUUGAUUAUCUUCCUGGAAGCUUAAGAAUUCUCCAUUGGGAUGAAUAACCAUUGCAAUCUUUGCCAUCGAAUUUUUGUCCUCGAAAUCUUGUUCAACUACAUAUGCCUAAUAGUCGAAUAAAACAACUUUGGAGUGGAGUUGAGGUAUAUCUUAUUCUCUUAAUAAUAAAACAUAGGGUACCUCUUAAUUCUCACGUGUACUAAUUUUUUUCUUACAUUUUCUUUUAAUUACAGCCUCUUGAUAAGUUGAAAUUCAUUAACUUAAGCUAUUGCUUGGAUCUAAUUGAAUUUCCAGACUUAUCUAGAGCCCCAAAUCUUGAGGUUCUAAAUCUCGAAAGUUGUAUAAGUUUGGUUAAGGUUCCGCAAUCUAUUCAAUAUCUGAGGAAGCUUACUUUUUUGAAUUUAAAUGACUGCAAAGAACUCCGUAGUCUUCCAAGCAUUCCUUCCACAAAUCUUGAAGUUUUGUGUCGCAGGAAUUGCUCAAAAAUCAGAGACUUUCCAGAGAUAUCACGGAAUUUAAAACGGCUAGUAUUAAGUGGAACUAGAAUAGAUCUAGUGCCCUCAUCAAUCGGAUUUUGCUCUCAGCUUCAAUAACUGUGGUUGGAUUCUUGCACAGGGCUUGAGAGUCUCCCAGACAGCAUUGGUGAAUUGAAACAUCUCCAGCUGCUUUACCUUGAGGGAUGCUCACAACUGGUAACGCUUCCAGACAGUAUCUGCAAGCUGUAGUCUCUUGAAGUCCUGAUAAUCAGUAGUUGUGUAAACCUCAUUGGCUUUCCAGAGAACUUUGGGAACCUUAAAUGUUUGAAGAGAUUUUAUGCAGUUAAAAGUGGUAUUAGAAGACUGCCAUCCUCCAUCAGUCAGUUGAGCCAACUUGAAUAUGUUGAUUGUAGUGGAUGCCAGGAAUUGGAAUUGUGUUCUUUCACAGGUUUGACCUCUCUGAGUAAAUUAGUUCUGAAUAAUUGUGGUAUAUUUCAAAUUCCCGAUGACCUGGGCUCUUUAGCAUCAAUGAUAGAGUUGCAUUUAAGUGGGCAUUUAAGUGGGAAUAAUUUUGAGAUCCUACCUGCAAGUAUCAAACAACUUCCUAAGUUGGCUGUACUUGUUCUAAGAGAUUGCAAGAGAAUUCAACAUUUACCAGAACUUCCACCAGGUCUGGAACAUUUAGAUGUGCGGGGCUGCAUAUCUCUGAGAUCACUAGCUGGGUUAUUCACAGAAGGUCAGAAAAAGUAUAGAGCUGUUCUGGAGUGGUUUGAUUUUUGUAAUUGCAUGAAAUUGGAUCAGAGUGCGUGCAGUAAGAUUAUGGAUGACGCUCGGCUAAGAAUUCAAUGCAUGGCUACAUCUCUGGUUGGUCAGGUCUGUGGCUUUACCCCUCGCUGUUUUUCUCUCUUUCAGGUACUACAAAACCUUAUUUUUCAUGCUACAGGAACUUAUGGUGAGGAAUCAGAUGAAACUCUGGAAUCAGAAGAGUUCUGCAAGUACGAUGAGGAGAUAUCUGAUGAACAAGUUUCAUUUGGAAAUCUAGCUAAUUUCUGUAUCCCUGGAGAGGAAAUCCCACUUUGGUUCAGUUGCCAAAAUAUUGGGUCGUCAUUAUUGUUGACAGAUUUGCGACAUUGCGACAGAAGGAUGUUCAUGGGUUUUGCUUUCUGUGCAGUUGUUGUGUGCUAUGGUUGUGAUUCUUGUGUUUUCGACAUUAAAUGUCGCUGUCAUUUCAUAACCAAGUCUGGACGUAGGUGUGUGCGCAAUUCUUACUGCGGGUUUAAUCGAGUUAACAUGAAAGAGGUCGAACUGCCCCUUCAAUCAGAACAUACAUUUCUGUGUUAUGAUUCAAGUAUGUACAGGUCUGCAAGCCCUUCUUACAAGGCCUUAUUUGAAUUCCACCCUAUUCAUAGGAAUGAAAGGCGCAUACACAGAUGUGAUGUGAUUAAGUGUGGUAUCCACUUACUGUUUGCCGGAUAUGAAAAUCUGCAGGAAGGAGUGCGGGAACCAGCACUUAAAAGAUUACAGUGCAACGCCUUUGUGUGUGAUAUCAUUUGCUGAAAUUUUGCCUAUUUGCUUUCAAGGCCAAUCUAGGCAUUCAAAAUUUCUGGCUGUCUUAUUGUUGCUUAAACCUAACCAAAGCGAAUGGAUUCUCAUUUGCCUCUGGCAAUCGUAAAUUAUUAUAUAUUCAAGUUGUUGGAUUUAUAGUGA